AUAUACAUUGGUUUUAAAAGGAAACUGAAAAACCAGGCUUUUAAUAUAACAUAACAUAACAGCCUCUCUCUCUAUCUCUGUCUCUCAGAGAUUGUUGUUUUGUUUUGUUCGUCCACCUCAUUUUAGGGAACACCAGCGAUUCCAUCACCGCUGGUUUCAAUUUGGGGUGGUCUGCAUGCUGGCUUGGAAUCGGUUUCACCCUUCAAAAUCGCUCCUUUUUGCAACAAUUCAGAACAAGGCAGAAACUGAACCCUCAAUUUCAAUGUAGCCUUCGUUCUCUUGGGCAACGUCUCUGAAUUGGUGAUGACAACAACUGCAAAACUUACUUUCUUUCUUGUUUCCAAACCCAAACAAACCCUUUGAUUCCUCCAACACCUUAAAAGUUGUCGAAAUUUGAUAAUUUAGGGUGUUGAAGAUGGAUUCGGAUGGUGAGAAUGGGAGGAGGAAACCAGAAUGUGAAGCGGUAGGAGCUCUGAAUUCAAAGAUGAAGGGUACUGGAAACCAGAGCAGCAAAGACAUGAUCUUCAGAGCUGAUAAAAUUGAUCUCAAGAGUUUGGAUGCCCAGCUAGAAAAGCACCUGAGCAAGGUUUGGUCGAGAACGAUGAGCCUCGACGUUAAAAGGCCAAAGGAGGAGUGGGAGAUUGAUUUGGCCAAAUUGGAUUUAAGGUAUGCAGUUGCUCAUGGCGCUUAUGGAACUGUUUACAGGGGCACUUAUGAUUCACAAGAUGUUGCAGUGAAAGUUUUGGACUGGGGUGAGGAUGGUGUAGCUACUGCUGCUGAAACUGCCGCUUUACGUGCAUCUUUUAGGCAGGAAGUCGCUGUUUGGCACAAACUUGACCAUCCAAAUGUCACCAAAUUUGUCGGAGCUUCAAUGGGCACUUCAAAUCUUAAGAUUCCCCCGAAAAACCCUUCAAGUUUUGAUAACAAUCCUCCUCCCCCUUCAAGGGCAUGUUGUGUCAUUGUUGAGUUUCUCCCUGGCGGAACGCUAAAACAAUACUUGAUAAAGAAUAGGAGGAGGAAACUUGCUUAUAAGAUUGUGGUACAGCUGGCUUUAGACCUUGCCAGGGGUCUUAGCUAUCUACACUCAAUGAGGAUUGUUCAUCGAGAUGUUAAAACAGAGAACAUGUUGCUAGAUACCAGCCGGAAACUGAAAAUAGCUGAUUUUGGAGUUGCUCGUGUUGAAGCUUUGAAUCCAAGUGACAUGACGGGUGAAACCGGAACACUUGGAUAUAUGGCGCCCGAGGUCCUGGAUGGUAAACCUUACAACAGGAGAUGUGAUGUGUAUAGCUUCGGCAUCUGCUUGUGGGAAAUUUAUUGCUGCGACAUGCCUUAUCCAAAUCUAAGCUUCGCUGAUAUAUCGUCUGCAGUUGUUCGUCAGAAUUUACGACCAGAUAUUCCGAGAUGUUGUCCAAGUGGCAUGGCAAAUAUCAUGAAAAGAUGCUGGGAUGCGAAUCCAAACAAACGGCCGGAAAUGAAGGACGUGGUGACAAUGCUAGAAGCACUGGAUACAAGCAGAGGUGGGGGAAUGAUACCUGAAGAUGAGAGUCCAGGUUGCUUCUGUUUUGCACCAGCCAGAGGUCCCUAACUGAGUCCUUUUAAUUAUCCCAUCUUUUCAUGUCUUGUAAGAGAUGGGGUGAGAAGCAGUGGAACUGGCAAUUUGUGUUUUAUGGUUGUUGCCAGUUUUCAACUCAACUUCCCUUCUUGAUUGACUGAAAAUAAUGAUGGUCAAGAGAGAAGGAAAAAAAAGGGAGGGAUUUUUCGUUUUUUUUUUGAAUUUUUGAUUGAAGGGGUGAAUUCAUUGCUUCUUAGAUAUAGUCCUGAAAACUGGUUUCAUCUGUGCAUGGAAAAAUGAAAGGGGGGUUUGAUACAUCUAAUGAAAAUUUCCCCUGUUAACAA